GGUAAAGUAAAAAUUUUUAAUGAUAAUUAUUAACAUGGAUGUGGAUUCUAAAUUACCUUACAUUUUAUUCCAGAAAUUAUAUAAACAAAAAUGUCAACGAAUAUACAACCUCAAGUUGACGUAAUACCAACAAUACCUAACAUGGUUAUCAUAAAUACUAUAAAUCAUCUUGUUGAUAGAAUCAAAAUUCUAUCAGAGCAAGUACAUACAUGCAUGAAAAUUAGUGAUCAAUUCAUAAACCAUUCAUUUAAAUCAAUAAAUAUAAAUGGUACCCAUGCAAAAUAUGUCCAUAAUCGAAGCGUUCUGUAUAUUAUCAAAAAACUUUUACGCCUGAAACAAUCAAACCAAAAUGUAAUCAAAUCAUUGCAUCGUUAUCAAUGCUAUAUGGAAAAAUUAAUUUUUGAUAUACAACAAGAAACUGCAAGAAGUAAUCAAACGGAAAUUACAAGAAUUAAAUCAAGAAGGUCCAAAAAUGUUGAUACUGUUCAACAAGUUGUAGUAGCCGAGUAUCAACUGUUAGAAAGUCUUAAAUGUUCUCUGGAAUCGAAAUUGCAUCUACUAUUUGAUACAGUUGAAAAUGUAAAGUGUGUUCAAUGUAAACUUGAUCAAUGGAUAACUGAGCAUGAGCAAAAUAUAGAACAUUCCAAGAAAUGUGACGAAAUUCUUGCAGAAUUAACAACAAUAGAUGGUCAAGUUGAAGUACUAAAUGAAAGUUAUUCAACAUCGCUGAAUUUAGAAAACAUUUCAAAAAUUAUAGAUUCCACUUUAUCUCAUGUUAAUACAUUGCAAUUAGAUUUAACCAUUAUGUUUGAAAAAAUUCAACAGGUUAUAAAUGGUACAAGAAAUUCAGUUUUUUAUGCUUUAACUGAAGAAUGUACAUUUCUUACGAAACAACUGCACCGACUAUUUCUUUCAAGUUUAAAACACAAGAUGGCUAAUAAUAGAAAUUUAAAAAUGAUGAAUCAGAUCAUGAGUAAAACACCAAACAAGUCAAAUAAGAAAUUAUUGCAAAAAUUAUUACAAAAUAACGAAGAAAUUCAGACUGUUAGAAGUGAACUAACUAUACAAUAUAAUCGAAUUAAUCAAUAUUUGCAAGCUGAUCUCAACACAAUGAGAACUCGACACAGAUAUCAAGGUCAACAGUUACUUCAUUUAAAUAAUUUACCACUGAAACCAAUAAUUACUAAAAUUAAUCUUGAACCACAUAGGCUAUGAAGCAUGUGUGAUGCCACAAUGUCAACUACGAACUUGACCAAUAAACGAAUGAUCCAUUUAAAUCACAACAUAAAAAGAAAACUAUAGAUAUUUUUUCUUGCUUCUGUAAGCUAUAUCAGCGAUAAUGUGUUGAAAUACAAAGAAAUGCUUUGAAAAAUC